AUGAUUCAGCUCUCACAACAUUCAUUUUACACAAUAAAAGGUCUGACAGUUGUUUAUGAUGAGGAGUUAGGCUCCAGCCGCCGGCUUUACAGCCAAGAAACAGCUAAAAGCCCAGCUUACGGGCUGGCACCAGACAACGAACCAGCUUACAACGAACCAGCCCUUAACGAACCAGCCCACAACGAACCAGCCCACAACGAACCAGACAACGAACUAGCCCACAACGAACUAGCCCACAACGAACCAGACAACGAACCAGCCCACAACGAACCAGACCACAACGAACCAGCCCACAACGAACCAGACCACAAAGAACCAGCCCAUAACGAACCAGACAACGAACUAGCCCACAACGAACUAGCCCACAACGAACCAGACAACGAACCAGCCCACAACGAACCAGACCACAACGAACCAGCCCACAACGAACCAGACCACAAAGAACCAGCCCAUAACGAACCAGACCACAACGAACCAGCCCACAACGAACCAGACCACAAAGAACCAGCCCAUAACGAACCAGACCACAACGAACCAGCCCACAACGAACCAGACAACGAACUAGCCCACAACGAACUAGCCCACAACGAACCAGACAACGAACCAGCCCACAACGAACCAGACCACAACGAACCAGCCCACAACGAACCAGACCACAAAGAACCAGCCCAUAACGAACCAGACCACAACGAACCAGCCCACAACGAACCAGACCACAAAGAACCAGCCCAUAACGAACCAGACCACAACGAACCAGCCCACAACGAACCAGACAACGAACUAGCCCACAACGAACUAGCCCACAACGAACCAGCCCACAACGAACCAGACCACAACGAACCAGCCCACAACGAACCAGCCCACAAAGACGAGGACUACAACAACGAUAACAUACAACAAUUUUUACAGAGACGAAUGACAACACCUUCAGACUUUUAG